GGAGGAUUAAAUAAUAUAUUUCAUUAAUGGAGCUGAUCAUUAUCAGAGCUAGUAUCAGAAACUGCAUUUUGUAACAAUGCUGAAGAUGUCAGAAAGAUCUAUGCUACUGCAUCAGUGUCCAUACUAUUAGAUGUUCUUCAUUGUAGUAUCGUUCUAUAAAUGUACUGCAUAUACUAGUAUAUAAAAAUUCCUCUGUGGAUAGAUGACCUUCACAUUUUUAACCAAAAUACCAUAAAAAUCCAAUUAGCCGACAUGCCCUUUUCAUGGCAUUUUGCUUAAUAAUUUGAGGAUCUACUUAUACAUGGAUGGGCUUAUAUACAAUUAUAUAUACAUACAAUUACAUGUGGAAAAUAUUUUAAAAAUAUUUAAAGAAACUAUUAUGAUCCAUUUUCUAUUACUGUAUUGUAUUUUAUUGCACAUUACACUGUAUACUGUAUUUCACUGCAUUGCAUUUCAAUAAAUUUAUACUAUAUUUCAUUGUCCACCCAAGGCCUUCAUCCGUUUCUAUGGCAUCCUGCUUGUAAUCCACAGGGUGGAUUAAUUAUUAAAUUAAUUAAUAUAUUAAAUUGUUAAAUCCCCAUGAUGUUAAACUGCUUUUGAUAUCUUGUAAUAAAAUGGAACCACUUGUAGCUUUAGGGACAUUUAGGGAAAGCAGGAUUGAAAAUAAAAAAAGUCUGCUGAAAACAUUACUCCGAGGGGCAGUUAAAGACAGAGUAGCCCUAAAACAGGGGUUCCCAACCGGGGGUGCGAGACGAUAUUCCAGAAGGUGCGAAAACUUGGGUUUUCAAAAUUAUAGUAUAUAUGCAUAAUUCGUUGCCGUUAUUUCGAACUUUUGUAAGGGGUGCGAGAAUAUAUCAGAAGCGUUUUAGGGGUGCGGGGUAUAAAAAAGAUUGGGAGCCGCUGCCCUAAGAGGAUACCCAAAUAUUUCACAUGCAUUAAUUUUUCAGACAAAAGCCUUUUUGCAGUCGCGCUGCAAUUGAGGAACCUUAGCAGAUUUUAGAAAAAUUACAGCUGUGCAAAUUUUCAUGUAAACAAAUGUCGUUAAGAUGCCAUCGCUCCUUUGAAGCCUUCCCAAAUCCUAAUGCACGGUUUAACGAAGCCAUGUUGUGUCGUAAAGCACUUGUGCAAAGAUGCACUGCAAUUUUUAGAAAUAUAAAGCAAAGAAAAAAAUAACAUCGGAAUCAAAGUCAACUUUGUGUCACACUUUACUGUUUCUAUGACGAAAUACCAUUCACCGCCUCCCAGCAAAACCUUCACGAACAUUCGCAACGUUCCAAAGAUGGAGGUGCCCGCAGCGAUGAACAAACUUCAAAAUGGCGCCCGACAUGCGCCAGCAUCCAAAAUGGCACUGCCCACGGGAAGGGGGGGCUAAUUCCAAGAGGGCCCCCUCUAUAAUUCCGGUCACCUGCUAAGCGCCUUGCAACAUGGCGGCCCGCGGAAGUCGGCUGGUUCUCGGUGGUGUCAGGCUGUAUAACGCCAAGCCGCUUAAGUUACAACUGAAGGGAAUUUAUCGGCCGGACCCUGCCGAUCCCCGCACUCCGGCCUGGCAUUUGACGUUCGAAUAUGAAGCCAAGCUAUUUGGGCGCCAUGGGCAAGCCUCCGGGGUGGACCCGGCCCGGUUGUGGCCGUCGUUGGAGAAGCUGCAGGAAAUGGAAGCUGAGGAGAGAAUCUGGUACCCCUCCUUGAAGGAGAUGCAGCAGUCGCUGGAUGCCAAAGAGAGUGAGGCCCAAGCCAAGCAGAGGCAGAAAGAGGAGAUCAUUGCUGCCAAAAUGGCCAAAAUGCCACAGAUGAUAGAAGACUGGCAGAGGGGAAAACAGCAACGCAAGCUCAAAGAACAGCAAGAAAAAGAACGACGGCGGUUGUUACUGGCUGAGGCCCGGGAGCAAUAUGGCUAUCAUCUGGAUCAUCACAGUCCUGAAUUCCAAGAGAUGGUAAUAGAGAGGGAGAAGAUUAAACGGAUGGAGCAGAAGGAGGAGAAAAAACGUAUGAGGGGGAUUCUGGCCAAAAAAGCAAUGGAAAGCAAAAUUCUUGCCUCAUCUUCAGAUAACAAGAAGGAGACGGCUGAACAAAAAGAUACCUAAAAUGCUGUAUUAUCAGUCUUUGAAAUAAGUCUGCUUACAGAUUGUGCAAUAUAAUUCUCAGAGGCCCAAUUGGUUUACUGUACUUUUCAUCAUGCAUUAAAGGCCAAUUUAGAAUUCUUAUGGAACAUGGAAUGCUUCACUGUACAGAACAUUCUAAUGUCCUUUCUCUGCCCUGCCAUAACCAUUUGAAGCUUCAACAAUGGAUUUUUGAAUGGCGAAUGCAUUCUCAGAAUUCCUUUUCUCUCUCAAAAGAGCAAGCUCUAUUUCCACUACCAGGCCGUGACCUAUUUGGAACUGGACCACACAAGAGAUGGGCUAGUGUGCUUGCACAGUCCACUUGCGCAAGAGGCACCCUAAAAGAUUCUUGCAUGAGUGGAACUGCACGCUUGCAUUCCAGCCAGCCACUUGUGCAACCCAGUUACCCUCCCCCCCCCCGGCCAGUCCACCAAACCGCUUGCUCUAAAAGCAGAGCAGUGAGAGCAGAGGCUGGGUGGGACAAACGCACCCUGCUCCACUUCCCUGACUCACUGAGUGUGCCUGCGCAGGAUACCCGAUCCACUUUUUGGAGCAUCAGGCAGCCUCAGUGAGUCUGAAGGAGCAUGAAACUGUGCCACCAAAGGCUUCUUCAUGCUAAAAGCUUUUGCAAAUAGACAAAAGGCUUUGGGGGAGUGAUCGCGUGCUACUUCAGGCCUUCUAUCCCUUUUGGUGUGGAGAAGCCUGAAGGAUCACAAAACCGCGCCUCCAAAGCUUUUCUUUCUGGAGCUGCACACAAGUUUGCAUGCCAGCGCACCGUUCGCACAGCCCCAUUCCCCUCCCCCCCCCCCAGCCAGGCCACAGCAAAGGUUGGGGACCGCUGAUCUAACUGCCAAAUUCUGUUUGUUGAAUAAAUAUGUUUGGAGUUUUAAGUAAUAAUGUACUUUUAAUCAAAUGCUGGAAUGUGGUUAAAUAUAUUUGUGAGGCAUCUAAAAACAAAUUGGAAGUUGUAUAAAGGGAAAGGAGUCGCCUGACUAUAGGAGUCAGGUCUCAUCUGUUUCAAGGGCCAUUGAGCCAGUGCUGUCCUAAGACGUUUCUGUGGUCAUGUGGCCAGCAUGACAUCACAGAGUACUAUUACCUUCCUACCAAAGUGCUACCUGUUUACUCGCAUUUGUAUGCUUUCGAACUGCUAGAUUGGUAGGAGCUAGGGCAAGGACGGGAGCUCAUCCCAUUCCACGGCUCUCAGGUUUCAAAACUGGGCUGUUGGCUUUCCAGCCGACAAGCUUAGUGUCUUUUUUUUUUAAUAUAUUUUAUUGAUUUUUUAAAAAAAAAA